UAUUAAUAAAUGGAUACAUACAACAGGAAUUAAAUUCUCAUGGUUCCCGGGAAGGGCAGUCUUUUUCCGCUCGUCUCUCUGAGCGAAAUGACUGCACGUUGCGCAAUCGGGAGAACAAACGUGAGGUUCGUCAGCAACGAUUCUCAAGGGAGCGUCACACGGUUGCCCGAGACACAGCAGUCGUAGUCCGGAGUUGGAGAGGAAAGGACACACCUCAGACACAGAGACAGACAGAGUGGAAACCCACGUGGAUACAUAAGCGUCAGUGUUUACGAACGAAUUUGAGAAAUCGAGGAAGCGCGAGAGCGAUGGUGGCCCCGCACAACAACGGUCGCCUGACCCGGUCGCUCGUCAGGAUUCCAGGCAGCGGAUCCUGCAGGACGGCGGGCUCCGUCUACCAGGAUUUUUCCCGCGUGUCCGGCGUGGCCGCCAUGGUGGCCGCCCAGCACCCGCCGCCGCAGGCCAUGAUGCAGGCGCAGCACAGGAGCCUCAGCCGAGGCGGCAGCGACGCGGCGGCCUUCAGGAAGAUGGCGGCGAUGAGCGGGAGCGCGGUUCCUGAGGCCGCGGGCGUGGAGAUCGGCGGCUCGGAGCUCCGGUGGGUGACGCGGGAGGCGACUGGCGCCCGCGCAGGAGGCCGAGUUGGUGCUCCCGCUCGCCCUGCCGGAGUGGGGGGCGCUCCUCCCAGCGCGCCGACGUCGCCGCAGCCAGCGGGCGACAGAAUCCCGCUUGGAACUCACCGCAAGCGCCUUCGGUCUCAGCCUUCCGAAGGAGGAGAGGAAGCGGCCGUUCCGCCCCAGGCCAAGGCGCCCAGGGUGAUGUUCAUGGCAGUGCCCGUCGUGGGCGGCGCCGGGGUUAUUUCCCCGGCGGCCGCCCGCGUCCGGCCGCCGUUCGGGCGCCGACGCCGGGCGAGGGCGUCGCCGCAGCGAAGGUCGACGACGGGCGGCCGGCGGUGAGGAUGGUGGCCGCGGGGCGCCCCUUCAUGCUCAGCGGCGAGUCCAUGAAGCAGCUGCUGGACGAGAGGAACCAGCUCCUGCAGGAGAACCAGGCGCUGGCGCAGAGGGUGCAGGCCUUCCAGCAGCUCUUCCGGAACAGGAACCGCCUCACCAGCGUGCUGCGGACGCUGGGCCUGACGGUGGUGUGAGGCGGAGGGCGGUCCUUCUGGCCGCUCUCAGCUCUCGUCGCGGCCUCCUGCGGCGCCCUCAGGCAUCGAGGAACCUCUCGCCAACCAAACAUGAAGCCAACAUACGCUCGGAAUAAAUGAAAUGUACAAAUCGAAUGUGUAAAUGCGAGUGACUAUUAUUUAAGUGCAUUUGUAUAUAUAACUUAACUGAGUGAUAUUCAUAACCACAUCAUUAUCAGGAAAUCAGCCUCAUACAUCAUUUCAUUCACAGUUUACAAGAAAGCGAAAGUUCAUUUACUUAUUAUUUAGAGUAAAUGGCCAUCGCCUCACCCUCAGGACGUCAUUAAAAAAACUAAUGAACAAUAUCACUCAAAAUACCCAAAGAGAAAUGCCUGAAAUGAGACCCGUCAACAUUUCACUUACUCAAAGGAUAUUCAAACUGAAGAGAAAAUUAUAAUAAUUUUUAAAAGUCUGUCCUUUAUUUUUUGUCCUUUAUUUUUUCGACCGCUUUCAGGCAUUGUGUGAUAAAGUAUUGCUAAAGUGAUUUUGUUUGUACUUUGCACUGGGUUGGAAAUCUAUUUAUAUUUUUGUAAAGAAUCCCAAUAAAAAUGGAAUCCAAAGGUA